CAUGCUUCACACGAUAUCACUUCAUCUUGGCAUGGAGUGAUCGUAACAGGGAAAAUGAAAAUCUUUGUACCACUACUCACUACCCUGAUAGCAGGUUGGACCACUGCGCUGGACUGGUGGGAGCACGGGAACUUUUACCAAGUUUACCCUCGAUCAUUCAAGGACUCCGAUGGCGACGGCAUUGGGGAUUUGGAUGGAGUCACCGAGAAGCUGGAAUAUCUGAAAGAUCUAGGCAUGGACGGAAUUUGGUUGUCGCCAAUUUUUGCUUCUCCGAUGGCCGAUUUUGGAUACGACAUAUCGAACUUUCGUGAGGUGCAACCGGAGUACGGAGACCUGGCAGCCUUUCAACGAUUGUCGGAUAAGUGCAAACAGUUGGGUUUGCAUCUAAUUUUGGAUUUCGUCCCGAAUCACACCAGUGAUCGUCACGAACACUUUAUCAAGUCCGUACAAAACGAUACAACAUACAGGGAUUUUUACAUUUGGCACCCAGGUGUAGACGGACCGGACGGCACGAAGGUACCGCCCUCAAAUUGGAUCAGCGUCUUCCGAGGCUCUGCUUGGGAAUGGAAUGAACAACGACAGGAGUUCUAUUUGCACCAGUUCUUGAAAGAGCAACCUGAUCUGAAUUACCGCAAUCCAGCCGUAGUGGAAGAAAUGAAAAACAUAUUACGUUACUGGUUAGAUCGAGGUGUAUCGGGAUUCAGAAUCGAUGCCGUACCCUACCUGUUCGAGAGUGUGGAGCAAAAUGGACGUUACAUAGAUGAACAACCGAGCGGAACUACAGACGACCCAGAGAAUCCCGCCUAUUUGAUUCAUUCGCAAACCUUUGAUCAACCGGAAACGUACGACUUGGUAUAUCAGUGGCGUGCGGUUUUGGACGAAUACACUCAAAAGGACAAUAGAACUCGAAUCAUGAUGACGGAAGGAUAUUCCAGCUUGGAGAAGAUCAUUGAGUUCUUCGGAAAUGCCACUGUCAAUGGAUCCCACAUUCCUUUCAACUUUGAGUUGAUAAGUAACAUUCGCGAUACGAGUAACGCAGCCGACUUCGCAAAAUACGUUAAGCGUUGGUUGGACGCCAAACCGGCCAACAAACGAUCCAACUGGGUUCUAGGAAAUCAUGACAACAGCCGCAUUGGGUCCCGUCUAGGUGAAAACAAGAUCGAUUUGUACAACAUCGCCCUUCAAACGCUACCGGAUAUUGCCGUCACUUACUACGGUGAGGAAAUCGGAAUGCUAGAUCAAUACAUUCCUUGGAAUGAGACCAAGGAUCCGGCCGCGUGCCGUUCGAGUGAGACCACAUUCACAGCUUAUUCAAGAGAUCCAGUUCGCACGCCAAUGCAGUGGAAUACAGCAAAGAACGCCGGAUUCUCAUCAGCAGCCAAAACUUGGCUUCCGGCUGCCGAUAACUACAAAACGCUCAACGUUAAAGCUCAAGACAUGGCCCGCAAAAGCCAUCUGAAGAUCUUCAAAAAGCUGACCAAAUACCGUAAGCGCCAAAUCUUGGCCGAAGGAGACAUCGACAUUAAAGUGUCCGGCAAAAAUCUGCUCGCAUACAAGAGGAAGGUCGACAAAGUGGGCUACGUUGUCGUUGCACUCAACUUCGGAACGGAAGCGGUGGAACUGGGCUUGUCAAAUUUGUACGAGCAUGUGGAUCAACGUAUGCAAGUCGUGGUAUCGUCCAACAAAGUCACUACUUCGGACAAUGCAUGGAUCGACGUGGACAGCUACAAUCUAAAAGGGGAGAGCGGCAUCGUAUUACAGUAUCUGUGGGGAAAGAAUCCGAUUGUUUCCUAAACUGAGUCCUAAUUAUGAAAUAUAUCUUUAGCACAAUAAAAUGAAAACUAUAUUAUGUGCACUGCAUAAAGGUA